AGCCAAUCGUCAGGGCCCAUCCGAAAACGGGUGGACAAAAUAACCCCAAUACGAGUGUAUAAACAGUGCGCAAGCGCAGUGCCGUAAGGCGUGUGUACAUAGACAUUUAGCACCGGAGUCCAGACAUUUGUAUAGAAUUGAACUCGUAUUUUUAUUCUCUCUCUCUCAUAAUGACCGGAUAAUAAACUACAGAAGAUGGAAAUAUGCUCAGAGGCAGAUAGUGUGGAGUUAAGGCGUGAACACUGGAAGCUUCUGUCCAACCUGAAAACGACCGUGGAAGGACUUCUGUCUACAAAUAAUCCCAACGUGUGGUCUCGCUAUGGAGGACUGCAGCGACUUCACAAAGACAUGAGCAACAUCCUGAGUCAUGGCCUCAAACAUGAACAGGUGUACUAUAAGCAGAAGGAUUACUGGCGCUUUGUGUGGUGUCUGCGAUCCAUCAGUCCCAAACUUGCACCUCAUGUAGAACUGUUCAGUCAGAUGGAGCCAGUGUUGAGCAGCAGUGUUCAGUGUGAGAGUGAUAAAGCAGAGCGUUGGCUCCUCCACAGCCUGCAGAGUCACACACUCUCCAUACAACUAAAACCCCUGAUCACACAACACAGCAUGACCCGCAAAUACUAUACAGAUGAGGCGUUUCUUCUGAGUGAUCUGCAUGUGGCAGCCAUGUUUCAGUGUUUGGAGGCGGUUGAACAGAACGACGUACGGAUACUUGCUCUUAUCAACACUACUCGCCUGUUCCACUUGAAGGAGUGUGUUCCUGUUGAUCUGCUCUCCUCUCAGCAGUGUGUCCUGUCUGGAGUUUCCAUACGCACACACACUCCAUCCUGCUCAUUCAGAGACAAGACACAUACUUUGUACACCGAGAGCAGUACAGAUGCAGCAGUGUCUGUAAGUGCCACAGGGGCACCGUGGACAUGUUUGAGCACUGACCAAAGCAUGGUGGACCAAGUGAUGACCCAGAAUUUUCCGAAUGGCUCCACCCAGCCUGUUAACCCUGCCCCCUCAGAGGGCGGGGACUGCGAUGGUGAUGAUGGGCCUGAGUAUCUCGCCAUCGGGAAUCUGGGGAGGCGGAGCCGCAGAGGUUCCAGCAAUUCAGCACAAAGCACAGAGACUGUUCAGAACACAGGCCAUACUCACGAAGCUCCGCCCAUUUCUCAAAGACGCAGCUCCUUCUCUGAUAUGGAAAGGGGAAAGAAACGAAGCAUCAGGGGUCACGCAAGGUCACUGUCUGAUACAGGGGUCAUGCAGAAACACAAACAAGAAUCAGCUGUGGAUGGGCAGACUGUGACUAGUUUCGGGCCUUUCUCCCCUCACAGCAGUGACAGUAGUCACAGUUCUCUCUACAUGGAGGCCGGCGGCCAUCAGUAUAGUGGGUCUGAUGGAUUGUUCCGGAAGCCGUCAGAGGGUCAGAGUUUGAUCAGCUACCUGUCCGAGCAAGACUUUGGCAGCUGUGCAGAUCUGGAGAAGGAGAAUGCACACUUCAGCAUCUCUGAAUCUCUGAUUGCUGCCAUUGAGCUGAUGAAAUGUCAGAUGAGGGUAGAGGAGGCAGAUGAGGAUGGAGACAGUGACUCUGAGAUCCAGCAGCUCAAACAGAGGAUCCAUCUGCGCAGACAGCAGAUCCGCCGCAGCCGCUUCCAGAAGCCCAGCUCCACCCAACACACUCUUCCCUCCACAGACAGUGGUGGAUCAUUGCAGAGUUCGGGGGAUUCUCUGCUUCACACUGACUCUGGAUCAGCUGAUGAAGUGGAGGACCUUUUGCUAAAAGAUGAAGACGCUAAACAGAGUGUAACACUGAGCAGCAGAUCCUUUAUUAUCUCUGAGACUGUGUCUCAUUGGUUGUUGCAGUCAAAUAGUGCUGAAUCCGUUGCAAUGGGGCUGCUGCGUCAGUUUGAAGGUCUGCAGCUUCCUGCUGCCUCUGAACUUGAGUGGCUUGUCCCUGAACAUGAUGCUCCUCAGAAGUUGCUGCCAAUGCCUGACUCCGUGCCAAUCUCUCCCGAUGAUGGCGAACACGCUGACGUAUAUAAACUGCGAAUCCGUGUGAGGGGGAAUCUGGAGUGGGCACCUCCGCGACCUCAAAUCAUUUUUAACAUACAUAAUGCACCUAAGAGGAAAGUGUUGGUGGUAAAGCAGAAUUACAGGUGUGCAGGAUGUGGAACUCGAAUUGACCCAGAUUACAUAAAGAGGCUGCGUUACUGUGAGUACCUAGGCCGGUAUUUCUGUCAGUGUUGCCAUGAGAAUGCAGUUGCUGUGGUGCCAGGACGUGUCUUGUGGAAAUGGGAUUUCAGUAAAUAUUACGUCAGUAACUUUGCCCGAGAUCUGCUGGGAAAAAUUGCCCAAGAUCCUUUGUUCAACCUCAAUGACAUCAACAGUGGCUUGUACAAGAAGGUGAAGAACCUGGAGGCUGUGCGGGUGUUGAGGCUGCAGCUGUUCCACAUAAAGAACCUCUUUAAAACCUGCCGCCUGGCCAAAGAUCUCCUGCAGCACUUUGACUCAGUUCCUGCACACCUAACUGAGGAUCUCCACCUAUUCUCUCUGAAUGAUCUGACGGCCGUGCGCUCUGGCGAACUUGCACCCAAACUGCGUGACCUUGUUCAGGCAGGGUCAGGGCAUGUUGCUUCCUGUGUGCUGUGUCAGGCAAAGGGAUUCGUGUGCGAGUUCUGUGGGAAUGGUAAAGACAUCAUCUUCCCCUUUGAGCUGAACAAGUGCCGCCGCUGUGAGGAGUGCAGUGCGUGUUAUCACCGAUCGUGCUUUAAGAACAAGAGUGUGUGUCCAAGGUGUUGUCGCCUGGCUGAAAGACGAGAGAGGAUGAACAGCACAAACACAGAAGAGGAUGAAGGACAAUAACACGCGCGCACACACACUCACAGAUUUAGAUUAAAUGUGUAAUGUCUAAUGUCUUACUGCAGAUGCUGACUCUGGCCAUUUUGUUAAAAAUCUUUUUUUUUUUAAAUUUCAGAGAUUUUUAUGACACAAAAAAAUCAACGUGUUUAAAUUAUUUACGUGUGUGUGUGUGUGUGUGUGUGUGUGUGUGUGUGUGUGUGUGUGUGUGUGUGUGUGUGUGUGUGUGAGAGAUAUCAGCACUUUGUGUUUUACAUUGAACAGUGUUUAAUCCAGUAACACAGCACUAACGUCUGCUAGUGCAUUGUGGGUAAUAUAAGCCAUUCAGCCCUUUUGUUUAAUCAGGAGUGCAACCCAGUAAAAAUGUUAGCAUGAUGCUAACUAUGAGUGAAAUCAUUGUAGGGUUAUUAACGCACACACAAUUUUUUAUAGAUUCUAGUCUUCAGUCUGUGACUGAUUGCAUAAAUAAACACACUACUGUGUGUGAGUGUGUGUCCAUUAACCUGAUACUAACAUGAACAACGUGUGUGAAUCAGUUUCACUCUCCAUAUCACUCCAGAUUCUGCUCAGUUUAACCUAAUUUACUUUUAACUUAAAAAACUUGAGAUUAAAAUGCACUACUGAGCAACUGUAUAUGAAAAUGAAAUGUCAUAUAUAAAUUUAUUAUUAAAGACAAUCAAAUUGUU